AUGAGUUUGGAAGAGGAGAUAUUCAAGCCGGCUAGAAAGAGUUUACUUGAGCAGCAAGGUGGAAGAGAGCAGGUCAUAAGAGCAUGUAGGGAAAUCACGAGCUACUCUAAAAAGGCGAUUUUCACAUUACACCGAGCAGAUAGCCAGCCCGAGUUGAUCUCCAGCGAAUUGAUAAGCUAUUUGGAUGCGAUCAGCAAGCAGUUGAAGGUUGUCAACAGCAUAUCCAUGCAAAACCAAAGUCUCCGUGGAUCCAUUGCCGGUGCUGUUGAGGAAAUGGUCGAGUUUUUCACAUUCGGGUACUACAAGUACCACGGUGGGUUGAUGUCAUACGUGGAAUUUUCCAAAGUCGUGGAUCUAUUGAUGAGUUCGAGGCCUCAAGACGUUGUUCUUUACAUCAUGCGGGAACAAGAGCUCCCGAGUGACGUCGAAACUCAUUCACUUGAGUUCAUUGACCAAUGCGACUAUCUCAUGGGCUUAUUUGACUGCACGGGAGAGGUUAUGCGCAUGGUGAUCCUGCUGUCCACCAACAACGCCGGAGCACUUGAGAUGAACAAGACGUUGUCCAAUUACAAGUUUCUCAUGCAAUUGUACAAACACUACACCGUUUUGACCGCCUGCUACCCUGGGAUUUCAAUCAAUCACGGCGCGUUUGACGACGCGCCAAAUCUGAAGAGCAACAUCGCAUUCAAAAAGAAAUUGCUGGUAUUUCAGGCCUCGAUAAAGAAGAUAGAGACUUGUCUAGUUGACCUUUUGAUAAGCGACAAGGAAAUACUAUAG